AUGGCAGACUCCUCGAAGCUUUCAACAACAGGCAGAAAAAGACGUUCGUCAAGAAUUUCUUAUCGAAACGAUACAUACAAACGYCACUUUGAUGAAAAAGACUAUAGUCCCUACUUAAAAUCAUGUCAGACAACAACUGGCACCACUGAAUUACCUAUACUAUCAAGGAAAGUCAAAACGUCGGAUGACCAACAUUCAUCAGAAAMUGAAUCUGAAAUUACCUUUGUUCAAACAAUAAAACAAUCACACAGAAAUCAUCUUGGUAGAGAAUUUUAUAACCACUACGCGGCGGAACUUGCUAAAUGUUUACUUGGAAAACAUUUAUAUCGUACUUUAGAAGAUGGCGAAAUCUUGAGUGGUCGUAUUGUUGAAACAGAGGGGUACCUUGGAGUGACCGAUAGGGCAUGCCAUUCUUUUGGUGGUAAACAAACAUCUCGUACUGAAGCUAUGUACAUGGAUCCUGGAACAGCAUAUAUUUACUUCAUUUAUGGCAUGCACUUCUGUCUAAAUAUCUCAAGUAAAGAUAUUGGUGGAGCAGUUCUUAUCAGGGCGCUGGAGCCAAUCCAGGGUAUUGAAAGGAUGUCAAAGUUACGUGGACAGAAAAAGAAUACAUCUGCUAAAGCAYUCAAAACCAAGGAUCUUUGUAAUGGUCCUUCAAAACUCUGUCAGGCAAUGGGCAUAACAAAGGAUGCCUUGAACAAAGAGGACAUGGUUUCRUCAAAGAUUCUUUGGAUUGAAGAUGACCCAGAUGAAGAAAACAAUYCCAGCAUUGUUACAUCUACUAGGAUUGGUGUCAAUUCUUAUGGAACAGAAGCAGCAGAAAUGCCUUUAAGAUUUUAUAUACAUGGUAAUAMAUGUGUCAGUGUAAGAGAUAAACCAGCUGAAAUCCUAAUGGGRCAAACAUCAAACAAACAGUGUAGUAGUAGUUCCAUAUAGUGUUGUUUUUUCUCAGGGGUCAUACCAUUUUGAAUGUCUCAAAUUCCAUGACUUUCCAUAGAAAGCCUUUAAAUACUAGCAUGACUUUAUGCAUGUUAUCUUCAACUAGUUGCAAUUUGGCAACUUCAAUGAAUAAGUUGCCGGUCCCCAGUCCUUCCUAUGAAAUAUCUAUAUUUCUCUCUUUCUUGAGUGCAAGGUUUCUCUAUAUAU